GUCCAGCAUCGCCCCACCAGCAUUGAGUGGGAUGGCUGUGAUCCCCAGAAGCUUUACACCCUGGUUCUCACAGACCCAGAUGCUCCCAGUAGGAAGGACCCAAAGUUCAGGGAAUGGCAUCACUUCCUGGUGACCAACAUGAAAGGCAACAAUGUGGGCAGUGGGACUGUGCUGUCAGAUUACGUCGGCUCCGGCCCUCCCAAAGGAACAGGGCUGCAACGCUACGUGUGGCUGGUGGAAGAGCCCUGCAACGAGCCCAUCCUCUCUAAUCGCUCUGGUGACAAACGAGGGAAGUUCAAGGUGGCUUCUUUCCGCAGCAAGUACGAGCUGGGGGUGCCAGUGGCUGGCACUUGCUACCAGGCAGAGUGGGAUGACUACGUGCCGAAGCUUUAUGAGCAGCUGUCAGGGAAGUAG